AUGGAUCAAAUCUCGAACACGACGCAGGUGCUGCCUUUCUGGGGCAGUAUGUCUCAAAUAGCGCUGGUAGAGCAAUGGAAGCUAAGUCUCCUCGGCUCCAUCGUUACGAGUGUGUUGGUUGCGCUCCUGAUCAGCUCCCAACAGCCUCAACUCAAGGUUCCUAUCCUUCUCGAGAAGGAGUUAAAAACUGCUACUGAAAGAGCCAAGAAGUAUUCAGAGUCAGCUCGAGAGCUUCUCCUGAGAGGGCACAAUGAGUUUGGAAAGCAACCUUGGGGUAUCACAACACACAAUGGAGAGUCCGCCGACACCAACACCCUGAUCCCCGGGGAGAUACGAACCGAACACAAGCCGGACUUGAUUCCGUUAGCGAGAGAACCUCAUGGCAUUACGACGGAAGCGGAGCGACCAAGCCCAUUGAUAUCGAACCCCUCAAAAAGUCACAGAAACGAUUUCAACCAUUCGGUAUGA